UGCAUUUGGGCUCCAUCUAGAAAAUCAUGUUGAUGGGGCAUCAGUCUUGUGUUUAUCAUUUUAUUCCCUUGUUUUUACCAAUGUUCAGGUGCUAAUGCUAGAGCAAUUUUGUGUCCCACAAGGAUAUAGGCCCUCUGGUGAUUAUUAGAGAUUUGAGAGCAUUAAUCCUAACCAUUGCAUCUAAAGCAUGGACCCCCAUUUGCACCAAGCUGCAAGACUGGGGAGUGUCCCACUCCUAAAUGCCAUCACCACCGAUUCAGACCAACAAAUACUCUACUCUUCAACUCCUGAAAUAUUGAACAAUGCCCUACACAUAGCAGCGAGAUUGGGACACGCAGUGUUCACCAAAGAGAUCUUGGGCCGAUGUGGAGCCCGUCUUAUGCAAGCUAACUCCACAGGUGACACUCCUCUACACUGUGCCACAAGGACCGGACGGCUUAAUGUAGUUGAAAUCCUAUUGAAUUGGAUUGUGAUGGAAGAAAGAAAUAUGGAGCUACUUCGCAUGACAAACAAAGAAAAGAACACAGCAUUACAUGAAGCGCUGAGGAAUCGGCACGAGAAUGUGGCUGUGAAGUUAUUAGAAUCGGAUUUGGGAUUGGCUUAUUUGGUUAACGAAGCAGGUGAAUCACCAUUGCAUAUGGCUGCCAGAGAGGAGUUGUUACAAGUUGUUGAAAAGAUUUUGGACAUUAAGCCAUCAGAUGAAAAGACAAACAUGGUACGAAUACGAGACGCCCAUGGCCGAACUGCCCUGCACUAUGCAGCAUGCCAAGACAAUUCUACCAUAGUUGAAAAGCUAUUGAAAGUCGACCAUUCCCUAGCUUACAUCUUAGACAACAUUGGCUACUCAUCUCUUCAUGUCGCAACUGCUUCUGGCUCCCCAAAGGCGAUUGCUGAGCUACUUAAACAGUGCCCGGACGCUAGCGAGCAACUGGAUCCAAAUGGGAAGAAUGUGUUUCACAUUGCUAUUAUGUACAACAAGAAUUCCACUUUUCGCCGUUUAUUGCGUAUGGAGGUGCUUGAGGGGAUGAUAAAUGAGCCUGAUACAGAUGGAAAUACCCUUCUUCAUUUUGCUUUCAAGUACCAUAAUGAUCCGAUGUUCCUGUUGUUGUCAAAGGAAGGAAGAGUGGACCCAACGAUCGUUAACAAGGAUGGUCAAACCGCCCUUGAUUUUAUAGAAUUGGACGCCGAGUAUGCAGAAUAUUUUCGGUGGCUCAAUCGCUCAAGAUAUCAAGGCACAAUUUGUGGACAGCGGCGGAAAAUGCCUAGCGGAAUCUGCAAAACAAGACCGGAAUACAUGGCUGCCAGGAGUGACCGCUACAAAUCCAGGGUCGACGUACACACAUUGGUAGCUGCGCUCAUCGCCAGCGUCACCUUCGCUGCCACUUUUACAAUGCCGGGUGGGUACAAGAACGAUGGCCCAAAUAAAGGCUCUGCAGUGCUCGUGAAUCAUGCCGCAUUCAAAGCUUUCUUGCUCUCCAAUACAAUUGCAUUAUGUUGCUCACUACUCGCCGUGGUGGGCUUCCUCUGGAUGUGGUCCCAGCAAAAGAUGUUCUUACCUCUUGUACUUUUAUGGGUCCAUAAUUUCACGGUCUACGCAUCCCUGGCGAUGAUUGUUUCGUUCGUGUCAGCUGUGUAUGCAGUGGUUGCACCAGAAUGUAUGUGGCUAGCCAUUGUCACCUUAGCCAUUGGUGUUGCUAUGCCAUUCUAUAUCCAGAUCUUGUUAUUUCGGUUAGAAGUUAACUUUCACAGGGCGUUUAUUGGGUAUAAAAGAUCAGCGGCCCACAACCAGAAGCCAGUUUGA